CACUUGCGGCAAAAAUCAGGAGGAGCCAGAGACAGCGAGGAUGGGCCCAGGAGCAAUGGUGUCCAAAGAGGAACAAGCAGUAAGAAAUCUCUACAUGGAAAAUGCCAACCAGGAGAAUGAAAACACUGAUGAAAAGGGGCGAGAUGCUAAUAAAGGAGAGCCUUUCGCCCUCCCUUUGGAAGCUGGUGAAUAUUGUGUACCUAGAGGAAAUCGUAGGAGGUUCCGUGUUAGGCAGCCCAUCCUGCAGUGCAGAUGGGACAUGACUCAGAGGCUUGAAGAGCCACAGGCAAGGACGAGAGAAGAGAAUAUGGAAAGGCUUGGGGAGGAGGGGAGGCAGCUGAUGGAAAAGCUGAGGGAAAAGCAGUUGAGUCAUAGUCUGCGGGCGGUUAGCACUGACCCCCCUCACCGUGACCGUCAUGAUGAGUUUUGCCUUAUGCCUGAAACCUGAUGUUUUCCCUGAAGUUAGUAGGGAGACACACCUGCUUCCUAAACUUACAUGUUUGUGACGUACCUUUGUUGUAAACCUUUUGGUGUUACUUGUUUCUUGUGGGUCUCCUGUUACCAGCUUCUAAUUGAAUGUUGUGUUUCCGACCCAAUCUAUAAGUUUCUGUCAGCAGGAGAGUUUUACCUAUUGCAUGGAGAGAUGUUCUUUAUAUAUUGUGAAGAUAAUAAAGCAGUUUAAAAAAGAAAAAAAAAA